AUGGCUUCCACUCUCGCCUUCCCUCAGCAGCAGCAGCAGGCCCAGGCCCUGCCCAUCCAGUCCGUCAGCGCCUCCAACAUUGACAACAGCCUCCUCAGCGCUCUGGCAACCUACGUCACCACCGGCAGCCACGCCCGCAGCACCACUGAGCAAGAGAUCCAGGAGCUUGCCUCGGCUGUUGUAGCCAAGCCCGGUGGCCGAGCUCACCUCGAGUCCCUCAUCCAAUUCGACUCCUGCCCCGACCAUCAGGUCUGGAAGAACCAGGCUAAUGCCAGCGGAAAGAUCAACAUCACCAAGACUAACCUCACCAUCGCUCUCGAGGUUGUCACUCUUGAGUUGAAGUUCGCUGCUUCUGGCGCUGGUUUCUACGUCCCCUGGAGUGGUUCCCUGAAUGCUGGCACCCUCUACUACAAUGAGUUCAGCCAACUCACUCCUGGAAAUGCCACAUUCAAGCUUUGGGUCAAGGGUCUUGACUUCUAUGUCAGCAUCUACCGCAACCAGGUCUACAUCGGAAACUUCUUCUAUCCCAACAUCGGCUUUGUUUUCCCUCCCGGUACCAUCGAUCUCAACGGUACUAUUGCCUGA